AAGCACAUAUAAAAUAAUGAGUGCCAUUCCAACAAAAACACACACAGCUGCCGAAUACAAGACACCAAAGAAACAAAAACAAACAAGUCGAGGUCCAAAAUCGGCCAUUCGGAAAUCCCUUGAAAUGGGUAGCAGUUCCGAUGAAUCGAGUGCUGCUGCAGAGCCCGUAGAGCAUCCGCGCACACGUCGAUCAGCCCGCAAACCGAGUCCCACCAAGAAGUAUCAGGAAUAUAAGGGCCAAGGCGCCAAGGAGCGCAUUGUUCUCAACUAUGUGGAGUGUACGGAUGAGGAGCAGUCUGAAGAAGAUGAAGACGAUGUUGCGGGUGCGGAUAAGCCAACUUCACGCGAUGUCGAGCUCAUACAGACUGACUAUAAUGUGGCUGGCACCAGUUUGUUUGGCUUCAAUACGCCCAAGAAGAGGGAUGCGAUGUCAUUGGCUGCCCUCAAUGCCACUCCGGGUACUCCAAAGACACCUCGCCUGGGUGUCAAGACACCGGACACCAAACGGAAGAAGGCUGAUCAACCAAAGACGCCAUCGCAUGUGCGCACACAGGUCAAGAAACAGAUUGCACGGAUUGUGGCAGAUUCCGAUGAGGAUUUCUCCGCUGAUGAAAGCGAUUAUCGACCCAGCGAUGGCAACUCCUCGAGCAGCAGCAGCAAUGGCUCUGGCUCCGACAACGAUGCCGCCGACGACGAGUCCAAGACGCCGUGCAAGGCACGUCGUGCCAUUGUGGUGCCUGUGCUGCCCAAGACACCGUCGGCAGCGCGUCAACGUCAGUCGGCGCGUGUCAAGAGAUCCAAUGAGUUUGUGCCGGAGAGCGAUGGCUACUUUCACUCGCAUGCCAGCAGCAAGAUACUCACCUCAGAUCACACAUUGGAUCGCCUGAAGAAUCCUCGGCUCGCGGCAGAUCGUGUGUUCAGCCUACUGGCCGAUAUGAAGGCAUCCGCCGAACAUGAGACGGCCAUCGGUGCCAUUAUGGAAGAGUAUCGUUCGUACUUUCCCAAAUGGAUGUGCAUCCUGAACGAAGGUUUCAACAUUCUGCUCUAUGGAUUGGGCUCCAAACGGCAGCUGUUGCAGUCCUUUCAUCGUGAUAUUCUCGGCCAACAAACGGUGCUGGUGAUCAAUGGGUUCUUUCCCAGUCUGACACUCAAAGAUGUCUUGGACAGCAUAACGAGUGAGAUUCUCGAUGCGGGUCCAAGUCCAGCCAAUGCACACGAGGCUGUGGACAUGAUCGAAGAGGAGUUCGCAUUGAUACCCGAAACGCAUCUCUAUCUGAUUGUGCACAAUUUGGAUGGUGCAAUGCUGCGCAACGUGAAAUCACAGGCCAUCCUGUCCCGCCUGGCUCGCGUGCCCAACAUUCAUCUGCUGGCCUCCAUAGAUCACAUCAAUACACCAUUGCUUUGGGACCAAAACAAAUUGGGCAACUACAAUUUCUCGUGGUGGGAUUGCACCACCAUGCUGCCAUAUACGGAUGAGACGGCGUUUGAGAAUUCGCUGCUGGUGCAGAAUUCGGGUGAACUGGCUCUGUCCUCGAUGCGCAGUGUCUUCUCCUCGCUAACGACCAACUCGCGUGGCAUUUACAUGCUGAUUGUCAAGUUUCAGUUGCAGAAUAAGGGCAACGCCAACUAUCAGGGCAUGCCGUUCAAGGAUUUGUACUGGAGUUGUCGCGAGGCAUUCCUGGUUAGCUCCGAUUUGGCAUUGCGUGCCCAAUUGACCGAGUUUUUCGAUCACAAAUUGGUCAAGUCAAAGCGUGUCGCUGAUGGCUCCGAGCAGCUAACAAUUCCAAUUGACUCGGCGCUGUUGCAACAGUUUCUGGAUGAGCAGGAGCAGAAGAAAUAAAUAGAUUUGAAGUCGCCAUAGUCUUUAGAACAUAUUAAUUUAUUAUCUAA